AUGCUUGUUUUCAAGCCGGUGGUAAAUAUAUAUAAUAUAGACGGUUUAAAAAGGAAGUUAAACUCUUUUCUUGUAUCCACUGAAAAGAGUUCAGAUGUUCAGUCGGUUUUUACAUUUUUUCACCCGUUGUUUAGUCCUGCCAUGAUCCGCGAUUGCGGUUGCGAUUGGGUCAUUCUUGGUCACUCCGAGCGCCGGCACAUUUUCGGAGAAUCCGACGAGCUCAUUGGUGAGAAAGUGAAUCAUGCCCUGACAAGCGGAAUUAAUGUGGUUCCUUGCAUCGGUGAAAAACUGGACGAGCGGGAGGCCGGAAAAACAGAACAAGUUUGUUUCCGACAGUUGGAAGCGAUCAAAAACUGGUCUCGUGUUGUGAUUGCGUAUGAACCGGUUUGGGCCAUCGGAACGGGGAAGACGGCUACUCCUGAACAGGCACAAGAGGUUCAUCAAUCAGUCCGAAAAUGGCUCGAGAAGAACGUGUCCCCACAAGUCGCUCAUUCAGUGCGCAUCAUCUACGGAGGUUCGGUUACAGCGGCAAAUUGCAAAGAGUUGGCAAAGAAGCCGGACGUGGAUGGUUUUCUCGUUGGAGGUGCCUCAUUGAAACCGGAAUUUGUGGAAAUCUGCAAUGCCAACCACGCUUAA